AUGACAGAGGGACUGAGAUGUGUUAGUGACCGGCUGUGUGUAUGGCAGGGUCUGUCGAAGCGCGCUUGGGGGUUGAAGUUGCGUCGCGGCGGCAGCAGCGGCAGUAGCGGCAGCGCGGCCGAGCCCAACGACGGUGUGGUCACAGAGCUGCGCGCCCCCGAGCUGUCGGAGCCCGCGGCUGACGUCACUGUGGCCGCAGGAGCCUCCGCCACACUCUCGUGCCGCGGUCUAGCCACAAGAGCCACAGCUUCGUGGCGUAAAACGGCGCCGGAGACUCUGGCUCUACGUCACGGAGGUCGCUUCGCCAUCAGUUUCACAUCUGACGGCCUCGCCACCCUCACUAUACACGCUUGCCGCGCCUCGGACGCCGGCGUCUACUGUUGUCUCAUAAGUAACGAACUCGGCGGUGUACAGUGUUCGGCUCGACUGACGGUGGCCACGGGCGGUCUGCCUGGAGUACCUGUAGUGAGAGCACACCCCGGCGGUGGACUCGUGGUCCAGUGGGAUGAAUCGGAGGCUGUGCAUCUUGAAUACUGCCGUGUAGGAGAGGGCGAAUGGCGUCGAGCUACAGAAACGCCCGCUACAGCUAAUACGCUAGCACUAGAAGAAUUGCCAGCCGGUCAAUACAGUUUUCGUGUAGUGAGUGCUCGCAGUGGCGCCGCGGGCUCCGCGUCCGGUCCGGCGACCUGCGGCGGUGGCGGGAGUUGGCAACGGGAACAAUUCGCACGGAGAUAUACUUUGGAAGAGGAGAUAGGACGCGGUCGUUCGGCGCGGGUCUUAUCCGCUCGUGAUACUGGCACCGGUCAGCGGGUAGCCUUGAAACAGGUGGUGAGCGGUCGUGGCGCGGAUGCAGUACGUGAGUAUCGUAUAUUAUCAAGCGGUGCUCACGGCGCUGUAGUUCGUGCACUGGCUUUGUUCGCGGAGGUGCCUCGAGCGGGCGCACACACGCUGGUGUUAGAACUGGUUGGAGGCGGACCAUUACUGGACUGGGCGGCCUCCUCCACGGACUAUAACGAAAGAACCGUCGCCACACACACCAGGCAACUGCUCUCCGCACUCGAGUGGCUGCACUCCAACAAUGUAGCACAUCUAGACGUCAGGCCGGAGAACAUUUUAGUGGAAUUAGGAGGUGCUCAGCCCCAGCUGAAGCUUGUCGACUUAGGAUCGGCUGUGGAACUCGAAGGAGGUGCGAGCGGUUCUGGUUCCAACGCUGAUAGUACUACAGUACUGCCGCCUGCACCCGCCCAGCUUGAAUUUGCUCCACCGGAGUGCGUUCUGGGACGACCGCCAGCACCAGCGUGGGACGCUUGGGCUGCUGGUGUAUUUCUAUACGUGUUUUUGACCGGCUUAUCGCCAUUCCUGGACGAAUCAAUAGAGGAGACGACAGCAAAUAUAAUAAAGUGUGACUACUGCUUCCCCCCCGAGCACUGGGGCGGCGUGGAGCGAGCACAGGAACUGAUACGACGGUUGUUGGAACCUGUGCCAGCAAGACGACACUCACCGGCUGAGGCGCUGAGAGACCCUUGGUUCGAACAGGCUGGCGACACUCAGCUGUCUUCGACGCAGCUGAAGACUUUCUUAGAGCGACGGCGGCCGGCUGGUCUCGGCAACGCUCUACACUCACUCCGCUCGCCCGACACCUGA